AUGACAAUUCGCGGAUUUCCUCUUGUUGGACUUGGAACUUGGCAAAGCAGUCCAGGAGUAGUCGGAUCUGCUGUUGAAAGCGCUCUGCUUAACGGUUAUAAACAUAUUGAUUGUGCUUGGAUUUAUGGGAAUCAGAAGGAAAUUGGAGCUGUUUUUGAAAAGUUGUUUGCUGGAUCGAUCAAACGUGAAGAUAUCUUCAUAACCUCUAAGAUCUGGAAUACAUUCCAUUCAUAUGACAGUGCUGCUGGUCAAGUUGAUACUAUUUUGGAAGAAUUGAAACUCGAUUAUAUCGAUCUCCUUUUGAUCCAUUGGCCUAUGGGUUAUCAAGAGGGUGGAGAAGUCUUUCCUCGUGUUGAAGGAGGUGACCAAGUUAUUGCUUCCGAUGUUGACUACCUCGAUACAUGGCGUGCACUAGAAGAUGCUAAGGCAGCAGGAAAAGUUCGUAAUAUUGGCAUUUCAAAUUUCAAUCAUAAGCAAAUUCUUCGAGUUAUUGAAAACUCGAAGGAAAAGCCUCAAGUCUUGCAAGUUGAAAUUCAUCCAUACUUGCAACAAAAGAAGCUUCGUCAAUUCUGUAAAGAACACGGAAUCGAAGUGACAGCUUACAGUUCAUUGGGUAAUCCUGGAUCAGCCUUGUUCAGGAAGGAAGGUGACCCUAACAUCCUUGUUGAUCCAGUAGUUGAAAAAAUUGCAAAAGCUCAUAACAAGAGUACAGCCCAAGUAGCACUGCGUUGGGCCGUGCAACAAGGAAUUCACGUCAUUCCCAAGUCUGUCACUCCUGAAAGAAUCAUCCAAAACAGCCAGUUGUUUGAUUUCACCUUGACUGCUGAUGAAAUGGCCGAAAUGGAUAGCUUGGAUAGAAACUUCCGUCUGGUUGACUUGUCUGUCUCAUCUUCCACUCAUGAACACUACUUCUUGAAAGAGGAGUUCUAA